UCAAUCUAUACGACCUAAAUGACUCGUCCAUUCAGCAGCUAGAAGAAGCUGCAAUAAGCGUUAUAAAGCGCUACUACAUGUCUCAAAAUUACGCAACAUUUUAAUUUUUUCUCAAGGCCGUCAGCACUUUACCGUAGAACAAUAAAUUUGUGCUACACAUUUCCCUUCAUCAAACAAUUUCGGGUAGACAGGUUUUACCGAUGAAUGGACAACAUAAUUCAAGAUGAAUUGCAAUUAUUAUAUGAAAUGUUUCCCGGUGAAUUCAAAGUUGACUUUGAUCUUAUUUAGUUCAAAUCAAUAUACAGUCACUUUUGUAGUAACUCCUGGAGUAGGAUUUAAUAAUCCCGUAAACAAGUUUAUAAAAUUUAACCUGAACUUGAAUGUUACUUUGAAGUAUCCGAUAGAGUCACCUACAGUCUCUGUAGAAUGUGUUCAUGGUCUGAAAGAAAAAGAUAUUGCAAAAUUAUUAUCCCUUCUAAGAGAUUUAACUUUGGAACGACACGGCGAUCCAGUUAUUUUUGAUCUUGUGGAUUUUUGUCGUGAAUUUAUUUCAUCCAACAUCCCAACUGUUGAGUGUGCAAUAUGCUUGAAUUGCUUCCAAAAUGAAAGUGAUGUCUAUUGUACAACAAAUUUUCAUUAUUUUCAUACAUACUGUAUUGGUGAGUAUAUGAAUCGUAGACGAGUAGAAUAUGAAGAGGAAAUAAGCGAAUUAAAAGCCAAGGGCCCAUACACUGAAUUUCCACCACUUGAAGGUCAUAAAAAUAUAAAUGGAUUAUUAAAAGAUCAGUUUAUUACGUGUGUUAUGAAUAAUGUUAUAAACACAGUGUUACAUAACUCAUAUAGUUACAAAGGAACAAGAUACAGAAGUUAAAGAUUCCUCAUAUUAACCAUUGCGUUUUUUCAACAACAACAACAACAAAAAAAAAGAAAAAGGUCGAUCUAUAUUUUUAAUUGUACCGAAUAAUGAAUUUUGAACGGCAAAAAGGAUUUUGACGAAAUUGAUUGUUUGUCGCUUGUAUAAAAUUUUCUCUUACUGUCUCAAUUAAUUAAAUCAACAGUAUUAUUUCUUUCAUAAUUAGUGUCUAAUUGUGAACGAAAUCG